CUCAUUGUGCGGAGUGAUCUGAUACGGACUACACCCAGCCGCUGCCUCACUGCCCUGGCUUUCUUUGCUGCCCCAGCCUUGACGUUGGUUAACGUCGAAGUGUGGGUUAGAUUGGAGACUCUAAAUUCGUCUGUAGGUUUUCCUCCGAUUUGGCUGUCUCUUUUUUGGCAACCUCACUUCCAAAGCUGUAGGGAUUUUUAUAUAGCAUCAAUUUCUUGAAUAUGUCUUGGCAAAGCUACGUGGAAAACCUGAUGGCCGAUGGCAGCUGUCAGGAUAGCGCCAUUGUUGGGUAUACGGACGCCAAAUAUGUUUGGGCAGCACAUGCCGGUGGUACUUUCAACAAUAUCACGUCUCAAGAAAUUGAUGUCCUUAUCGGUAAGGACAGAGAGACCUUUUACACCAGUGGUCUCACUCUGGGUUCAAAGAAGUGUUCAGUCCUCAGAGACAGCCUCCAUGAUGAUGGGGACUGGACAAUGGACAUCAGGACAAAGAGCCAAGGAGGAGAACCUACAUAUAAUGUCUCUGUGGGAAGAGCUGGAAAAGUUUUGGUUCUUGUAAUGGGCAAAGAAGGGGUCCAUGGAGGCGGAUUGAAUAAGAAGGCUUACUCAAUGGCAAAAUACUUGAGGGAUUCAGGGUUUUAAUGUUUUUAAGCUCACUUAGAUAAAAUUGAGAGACAAAAAGAAGAGAAAAGAAAUAUUGCUGUUAAGAAUUCUCCUGCAAGCAGUCAAAUGUCUUGGAAACUUUUAAUAGCAAUGAAGAGUGGUAAGAUACUGUGUCACCUUUGUUCCCCCCUUCAUCCUGUAGGGGGGAGACUCUUCAAUUUUAUUCAUUUCUUUUUUUUUUCCUUGUGUGCUCCAGUAUUGGUUAUAGUCAUGGGAAAGGAGGCGGUCCAUGGUGGAAAUCUUAACAAGAAAGCACAUGCAAUGGCUGAGUACCUGAGGAGGUCUGGAUAUUAAGCAACCUCUCCACCCAUCCAUCAACUUAGCAGCUCACUCCCACUCACUGCAUUGUGUUGACACUACUUCCAGGAUUAGAUGGCAUACAAUGUUACUUCAUCCCCAGUUUACUUUUAUACACAGCCUUUUGUUUGCUUAAGUCUCCCUACACUACUUUUUUAAUUUAAAUUUUUUUUUUUUUUUUUUUUUUAAAUAAACCUUCUCCACUUUAACAUUGUACUUCUCAUGUUUUUGGCACUGCAGUAAUGGCAUGCUCAUUUAAAUAUUUAGUAACCAAAAGAGUAAAAAAUGAUCAAAGUGUAACACAAAUUUGGACUUGUUUUGUAUAACAUAGUUAGCAACUGGCUAAUAUUCCGAGGGGAAGUACACAUGUAAUGGUGGUGACAGUUUGCAUAGUUAUGCUUUGUCAGCAUUAUUAAAAGAUGCCAGUUUUUUUUUUUGUUUUUCAUCAGCAUGUGGGCAUUUAAAAGUUGCAUGCAUACCCUCUUGAGCAUACAGGUCCCAGCCCUUUCCCCUCUCUGUCCCAGUGUAAUGUUCCAGCCAAAACCAUCUUCUCUUCUGCCUCCAUAUUCAAGUCUUCAAGCCUCCAUUAAAGAAAUGACAAAGUCCUGUAUGUGUUUACCAAUUCACCACCCUCAGCAACAACAUAUUUUACCCUCCAUCACCUGCUUUUGCUGUUGUACCUGAAUGUGGUCUUAAAAGUUAAUGCUGUGGUGUUGGGCUGUUGUUUGAGCGUAGUGUAGGGUCAGCAUUGCUGAGGUCUCAAGAUAUUGUCAUGAUACUUCACCCCAUCCUGGAGUCUCAGUGGACAUUCCACCUCUGUGACAGCUCAGUCAUUUGUCAAUCAGCUUCUGCUAUUUGUAAAUCUUUAUGUAAAUCACUACACACAUGCUAUGUGAAGUUAUUUUUCUUCCCCUCCCCUUUGGACCAAUUGUCACUAAGAGGGUUAUCAGAAUUACUUCAGCUUAUUCUGAUGGAUGAUUGUUGGCAUCACCUGUUGACUGUAAAUCAUUAAGACAACUUCAGAUGUCUGUAAAACAUUUAACUGCUUCCUUAGACUUCAACACUACUUAAACUUUUCAUGACUAAUUGAUUUGUUGCUAACUUGUCCAUAAACCAAUGAAACGGCAAUGUCAUUUUACUACAGUAUGAAUGCAUUUUGACUGUAAACCCAGGCUGUUGGGCUCCAACACCUUGGAAUUAUUUGCCUUGUGCUUUAGUCAUCAAAAGGUGUAUUCACAAAUUGUCAUAGUAUGGUACGUAGAAGUAUAUUUAAAAGAAAAAAUGAUGCUGUGUACACUAAACAUAUUGAAAAUGGUGUUGGUUGGAAUGAGAACAUUUGUAAGUUGUCUUGUGAAAAUUUUCUGAGAAUAACUGUGUAUUCUGUGCCAUAAAAUCGAUCUGAUCUGUUGCUACUACGAGUUGAAUUUUUAACUGCUGCCCCAGCAAGAAGUAACUUUUAAUGGCACUUUCCAAAGGGAUAUUUUGGCAUCAGUAAUCUCCAGACUUUGUGGAAUAUGUACAGAAUUAAACGACAGAAAAAUAAGUUUGCAAUAUUUUGUCUUUUUUUUUUUUUUUUUUUGAGUUGGAAAUUCCUUCUGCCACAGAAUCUACAAUUUCAAAUGCCAUGAAUUGAUGAGACAUCUUGUUUACAGACAGAUCAAAUAAAAGUUAUUCCAACCAGAA